AUGGCAUGUCCGCAUGACCCGAGCCCGGGUCAUUCGCGCGCGCAGCGCCGCCGAGAGCAGUCAGCCACUGAGCCGUGGGCUGAGCGCGGCGCUUCCUGCUUUUCGUGUUGCUGCUUGACAACACUGGAGUUCUUCGUCGUUGCUGCCCUGGUGGCCGUGGCUGCCGCCGCCCCCUCCACUCCCUACAGCCCCCGGCCGGCCUACCACCCGGCCCCGUCCUACGCACCGGCCCCGGCCUACCACCAGCCGUCCUACAAGGAGCCCGCUCAGCCGUACCAGUUCGACUACGCCGUCAACGACCACUACUCGGGCGCCGUCUUCUCGCAGAACGAGAACAGCGACGCUAGCAACGUCAACGGCUACUACUCGGUCAACCUGCCCGACGGCCGUGUGCAGACGGUCAAGUACGUGGCUGACCAGCAGGGCUACGGAGGCUACAACGCCGAGGUGACCUACGAGGGCGAGCCCCGCUACGAAGAGUACAAGCCCAGCUACAAGCCCGCUCCCUACAAGCCCGCCCCGGCCUACAAGCCCGCCUACCAGCCCGCCUACAAGCCCGCUUACAACUAAGUGCUUUCAUACACAAUAUUUCAUAUUUAUGUAAAGUGUUUUGGUGUGUUUGACUUGCGAGGCAUGUCGUUUCCCUUUCAAUGCGCACUUAUGUGACCAAUUGGAGGAAUAUACAUGUUUCAAACUCA